AUGACCGAGCUGCUUCAGUACGUCCACCCUCUCCCACAACGUGGAAUGAAUCAAAUCACUUCCUAUCAUCCUAAUAGCCAUCAAACUGACAAUUCCCUUUAAAGUUCCUUCGAGUCACAUCCCCCAAAUGCAACCUCCAAGCCCCCACCCAACCUUCUUCUUCCUCUACGACUUGGUCCGCAACACCUACAAGCAACUCAAAGACAUUGACGUUGAAAAGCACACAUCCGGCGACAAGGCCGCCCGCGAUCAGGUCUCGGAGGUAUAUGGUCGAAACAACUUUGCCAAUAUCCUGGUGAAUGAUACGACGGGCAAACUGGCCCUCCUUACGGGCGGUGACCCAUCCAACCCGGUGGACUUUGGUGAUGAUAUUCGGAGCAAGGCUAAGGCAUUGAGUGAUGUUUAAGCUAGGCAUAUAGCCAAUGGGUCUGUGUGGGGAAAGUUACACGGCGUGGACUAUAUAUACUCAGGAAAAGAAGCUGGUUUUGAAUAUGCUAUUGGUGAUGGGUAUCCUGUGUACAAGAGUAUAGAACUUGCAUUUCUGAAAUAGAGAAUAAAUAUGAGUGCUCUCGCUCAGAUGACGUGGCAUUGUCAUUUAUACACAGCUAUUGGACUAUGUUACAUGCAGCACACAUCAUCGAAUUGUCCGA